ACUAAAAAAUGAAAUGAAAAGCUAUAAACUUCAACCACCCCCAACACCAAACACAAAUACUAACCCCAACAGCAACAGCACAGCAGCCGCAAGUACAACCACGCGCCACCCUUCAGCGUCCUCUUUCUCCUUUAUCAACCGCCGUCGGCACCCUCCGCCCAUACACCAUAGCCUUACCGAUAAAUCCUCAGAGAAAAAACCAAACAAAUUUUGAAAAAGGAAAAAGGAGUAAAGAGAUGGAGGUGAAAGCAAAAAUCGCUCCUUCGAUGCUGUCCUCUGACUUCGCCAAUUUGGCCUCUGAGACUCAACGGAUGCUCAAUUCCGGCGCCGAUUGGCUCCACAUGGACAUCAUGGUAUUGCACUUUGUCCCGAAUUUGACCAUUGGCGCUCCAGUUAUUGAAAGUUUGAGAAAGCACACAACGGCUUAUUUGGACUGUCACCUGAUGGUUACAAAUCCUGUUGAUUAUGUUGAGCCUCUGGCGAAAGCUGGUGCUUCUGGUUUUACGUUUCAUGUAGAAACAUCUAAAGAUAACUGGCAAGAACUUAUUCAAAGAAUUAAGUCACUGGGCAUGAGGCCUGGUGUAGCAUUAAAGCCUGGGACACCUAUUGGAGAUGUUUAUCCUCUGGUUGAAGCUGAAGCCCCUGUUGAAAUGGUUCUUGUGAUGACUGUAGAGCCUGGAUUUGGCGGACAAAAAUUUAUGCCAGAGAUGAUGGAUAAGGUACGGAUACUGAGGAAGAAGUAUCCAUCACUUGAUAUAGAGGUCGAUGGUGGUUUAGGGCCUUCGACCAUAGAGAUAGCUGCGUCUGCCGGGGCAAACUGCAUUGUCGCAGGAAGUUCGGUUUUUGGAGCCCCUGAACCAACUGAAGUAAUAUCCUUACUGAGGAAUUCUGUUCAGAAAGCCCAGCAAAAAUGUUGAUAAAGUAUAUAGAUCCUCCAGUUGUGUUUACAGCAGAAUCCACGAAUUGACAUACACUUAUCAAUCUACAUAAUGUGCCAACAUUUUGAUGACUCGAAUAAAAGCCCAUGUGAUUCAUUGAUGUUAAUGUCUGUAUCUAGUGUACCUUUAUGAAUUGUGUUAAAUCUUCAAGUUUGGUUUCGAUUA